AUAAGUUAUAAUUUUGACGUCUUUCUUACAUUUACUAAUGAAAUGAAUUAUUUGCUACACGUAAUGAAAUUUCUUUGAUUUUUUAUAUAGUUAAAUACUCACAUUAUUUUUUUAUAAUCAACAUAAAUUUUUUUAAAAUUAUUUCAUAAAUAUGACGUCACACAGAAUUUUAGAACUGUAUAGCGGUAUUGGUGGCAUGCAUUGCGCAUGGAAUGAGUCUGGGUUGGAAGGUGAAGUAAUUUUGGCUGUAGAUAUAAACAAUGUCGCCAACGAGGUUUACAAGUACAACUUUCCCAAUACUACUUUACUGAAUCGAAAUAUUCAAUCGGUGACACCAGAUUACAUUGAAAAGCUUAAUGUGAAUACAAUACUUAUGUCUCCUCCCUGUCAGCCCUUUACCAGAAAUGGUAAAUUUUUGGAUGAAAAUGACCCGAGAACCAAUUCUUUUUUAUAUUUAAUUGAACUGUUUGUACCCUUAGACAAUAUUGAAUACAUUCUAAUGGAAAAUGUAAAGGGUUUUGAAUGUUCAACUGUUAGAAAUAUAUUUAUAAAUAAAUUAAAAGACUGUAAAUUUGAUUAUCAAGAGUUUCUGUUAUGUCCGUCCAGUUUUGGAGUGCCUAAUUCCAGAUUGAGAUAUUAUUGUAUAGCUAGAAGAAACAUUUCCGAAUGGCCUUUUCAAAGAAAAGAGGAUAUUGUAAGUUUAUCUCAUUAUAUAAUAAAUAAUAAAUCUUUAAAAAAGAUAGAAGAUAUAUUAGAAUUGAAUGUUCCAGAAAAUUAUUUAGUUAGUGACAAAUUGUUAAAGAGGGCAAAUAUAUUGGAUAUUUGUUAUAAGCAUUCUAGACGAUCCUGCUGUUUUACUAAAGCAUAUACACAUUAUGUUGAAGGCACUGGUUCGGUCUAUACUAAUGCUACACCAGAGGAGGUAGAAGAAUGUUUUAAGCUAGCAAAAACAUUUGAUGAUAAAAGCAACGAUUUUGUAGACACAAUAAAACAGCUUAAGUUGAGGUUUUUCACUCCCAAUGAAGUUCUAUCGCUCAUGUCAUUUUCGAGAAACUAUAAAUUUCCUGAAAAUAUUACAACAAAACAGUGUUAUAGGUUAUUAGGAAACAGUGUUAAUGUUAAAGUUAUUACAGAACUAUUAAAGAUACUCUUUGAAUGAUUAAAUAAUUUUAUAUA